AUGCCAUUUCAGCCGAAUAUGUCACAUAUAUUAUCAUGGAAUAUAUCCAUGGUAGAACUGGAGAUCAGAUACUUGGGUCUACCUCCAUUCCAGCCGAGAGGAAGGGAGUAUACCAAUAUAUGGCUACAGCUAUACAGAAGCUAUUACGAAUCCCUAUUCCUCCAGAACUCCCCCCCCCAAUCGGCCUUGAAUAAUGACGUGUUUAGGCUUGUUAUGUUUUUGGAUACUGAAGCCCCCCGGAUCUAUCAAAACGCUGAUCAGCUUGAGCUGCAUUUGAAUACGAUAUUUAUUACUGCCCACGAUAUAUGCUUUACAGAACUUUUAUACUUACAUAUGGGCAGCAUUUACGAACAAUUAAAAGGGCUCUCCAAUGAACCAAUGGUCUUUUGCUAUGGGGAUAUCCAUCCCGGAAACUUUAUCAUCAACGAUGAUGGGCACAUUACUAUUAUCGACUUCUCUGAAACAAGUAUACUCCCAUCUAGCUUUGCCAGAUAUGCAAUAGUCAGCACGUCUAAGUUAAGCCGUGGAUAG